AGCUAGUGCGUUACACUGAAAGAAGGAGGGAGGAGAAGGAAUAGGAGGAGGAGGAAGGGGAGGAGGACAGGGGCAGCAGUAGCCACGAUCGCCACCACCAGGCAGAGGAAGAGUUGGUGGGGAGGGACAGAUCUCCUCCCACUUGGAGCGCCUUCUGCCUGCUUUUGGAGAAAAGAAUAAAAGAUAUAGAAAGAGAGAGAGAAAAGGAAUGAGAAGUGAGAGAGCAGGAGGGUAAAAAAAAAUUAAGGCGAGAUCUGUGAGGUCUGGGGUGGGCAGGGGCGCGCAGGGGCGCGCAGGACGCGGGGGCGGACCAGCCGAGCCCCAGUGCGGUCGCCCGGGCAGGUGCCACGGCUGCUGCCCGGAGGCGGCAUGUGACGCGCGGCCGCAGCUGCCCGCGGGCGGAGCGCGCUCGGACCCGGGAGCGCAACCGCGGGCCAAGUCGGCUGCAGCCGGGAGCCCCGCGCUCGCGACCCGCCGGGAGGAGCCGGUAGCUGCGCUUGCAUCCAGCAGAAGCCGAGUGAUGAAGACAAGGGCGGCUCCGGGGCACAAGCGAACCUGAGGAGAGUCGCUGCCUCGAAACUCCCUGCUGCGAGAGAUCGGGGUUCGGUAGAGAGGACCGGACGGUCUGGGAGAUUCGGGGAGGCGCGGAGGACUCGAGUGGGACAGCUACCUGGAGCACGGCUGCCAGAUAUGACCAGUAAUGGCAUCUACUUCAGCUCUGAGUUGCUCAGUGAACUGUGGAUUGACUGAACCAUAUUCUUUCCCAUCAUGAUAGACAACGCAAAGGCUCUCUACUUUGCUGCAUUCUGACUAGUGGCCAAGCACGUGACAUCCCGAACUUCUGCAAAGGUACAAUAAGGGCCGACCAUUUAAUUUUGGAUAACCAGUUGGUGUGUUCUUCCUUGGCCAUGAAACUGGACAAACUUUACCAAUACCCGCAGAGCGUUCCCUCACAAGCUCCACUGAGUCUGUGAGACUAUGUCAGAGAGUCACAAUGACCUUGCACAGUAACAGUACAACCUCGCCUUUGUUUCCCAACAUCAGCUCUUCCUGGGUGCACAGUCCCUCGGAGGCAGGGCUGCCCUUGGGGACAGUCACUCAGUUGGGCAGCUACAACAUUUCACAAGAAACUGGGAAUUUCUCCUCAAACGACACCUCCAGCGACCCUCUCGGGGGUCACACCAUCUGGCAAGUGGUCUUCAUUGCCUUCUUAACCGGCUUCCUGGCAUUGGUGACCAUCAUUGGCAACAUCCUUGUCAUUGUGGCCUUCAAGGUCAACAAACAGCUGAAGACAGUCAACAACUACUUCCUCUUAAGCCUGGCCUGUGCAGACCUGAUCAUCGGGGUCAUUUCCAUGAACCUGUUCACUACCUACAUCAUUAUGAACCGUUGGGCACUGGGGAACUUAGCCUGCGACCUCUGGCUUUCCAUUGACUAUGUGGCCAGCAAUGCCUCUGUCAUGAAUCUGCUGGUCAUCAGCUUUGACAGGUACUUUUCCAUCACUAGACCACUCACCUACCGAGCCAAAAGAACAACAAAACGAGCUGGUGUGAUGAUUGGUCUGGCUUGGGUCAUCUCCUUUGUCCUAUGGGCUCCUGCCAUCUUGUUCUGGCAAUACUUUGUAGGGAAGAGAACUGUGCCCCCAGGAGAAUGUUUCAUUCAGUUUCUGAGUGAGCCCACCAUCACCUUCGGCACGGCGAUCGCUGCCUUUUACAUGCCUGUCACCAUCAUGACUAUUUUAUACUGGAGGAUCUAUAAGGAAACUGAGAAGCGUACCAAAGAGCUGGCUGGCCUACAGGCCUCUGGGACAGAAGCGGAGGCAGAAAACUUUGUCCACCCCACAGGCAGUUCUCGAAGCUGUAGCAGCUAUGAACUGCAACAGCAAGGCGUGAAACGAUCAUCCAGGAGGAAGUACGGUCGCUGUCACUUCUGGUUCACCACCAAGAGCUGGAAGCCCAGUGCCGAGCAGAUGGACCAAGACCACAGCAGCAGCGACAGUUGGAACAACAACGAUGCUGCUGCCUCCCUGGAAAACUCUGCUUCCUCCGAUGAAGAGGACAUUGGCUCAGAGACCAGGGCCAUCUAUUCCAUUGUCCUCAAGCUUCCAGGCCAUAGCUCCAUCCUCAACUCUACCAAGCUACCGUCCUCAGAUAACCUGCAGGUGUCCAACGAGGACCUGGGGACUGUGGAUGUGGAGAGAAAUGCUCACAAGCUUCAGGCCCAGAAGAGCAUGGGUGAUGGUGACAACUGUCAGAAGGAUUUCACCAAGCUUCCCAUCCAGUUAGAGUCUGCCGUGGACACAGGCAAGACCUCUGACACCAACUCCUCGGCAGACAAGACCACGGCUACUCUACCUCUGUCCUUCAAGGAGGCCACGCUGGCUAAGAGGUUUGCUCUCAAGACCAGAAGUCAGAUCACCAAGCGGAAGAGGAUGUCGCUCAUCAAGGAGAAGAAGGCCGCCCAGACGCUCAGUGCCAUCUUGCUAGCCUUCAUCAUCACGUGGACCCCCUACAACAUCAUGGUCCUGGUGAACACCUUCUGUGACAGCUGCAUACCCAAAACCUAUUGGAAUCUGGGCUACUGGCUGUGCUAUAUCAACAGCACCGUGAACCCUGUGUGCUAUGCCCUGUGCAACAAAACAUUCAGAACCACCUUCAAGACGCUCCUCUUGUGCCAGUGUGACAAAAGGAAGAGGCGCAAACAGCAGUACCAGCAGAGACAGUCGGUCAUUUUUCACAAGCGAGUGCCGGAACAGGCCUUGUAGAAAAGGGGUAUGUUGAGAGCAGUGACCACGCAAGCGCGUCAGCCCACACAGCCUAGCAGGAGUCUGGCGCAGGUGGGGGGAGCCAUCCCUGAUGGUGAUAAAAUGGGUUUUUAUCGACCUCACGGGAGAGAAGCUACCUGUUUACUGAUCCAUUGAAUAACUGAUUUUGGUCCAAUGCCAAUUCAGCAGGAAAGAAGGAGAGGCAUACCGCUAAACAUGAAGAGAUGUGUUCUGAAACAGACUUUUAAGUGGAUUUUGUUUCCUCUAAGAGAAAAAGAAAUUAUUGUCUCAGAGCAAGUAUCCUCAGAAAUUGGUCUGCCUGGGUCUCUUAAUUCCUAUCAGCUCUGGAAUCACUGGUGAGCCUCAAGGCACUAGAUGCCAUGUGCUCUCCCUAAGGGUCCCAAAGUGUCCAUCCAGAUCCCAUGUGAAGCACGGCAAGCUUGAAAAAAAAAAUCUGUGGUCCUGAGUUAUUUUGUAUAUUGCAAAGCUGACACCACUUGUCCCCAAUCAGCUUCUGUCCUCUUUCAGUGUGUUGUCAAACUCUAUUCGUGGAUUUGACUCUUGGUUCUUGCAACGUACUGUUUCGUGCUGUUCAAGUUUCACACAAAUAAAAUUGUACAGGAACAUGCAUACCUAUACAUGUGUGAGUUUCCGCACGCACGCACAUUGUGUAUAUAACGUGAUGGGGAACACUGAACUGAAAGGAAGUUCCUACCAUACUUUGGUAACUGAAACUCUCUAGGAUCCUCAAAUGAUAUGAAACUGAACUAAGCCCAGUUUGACGUUGUGUUUUGGUCUGGGUUUUUGACACUGGAGCUAUUUCCCACAAACCAUCCUGAAGAAUAAUAUCCAGCACAGAAAAUCCAGACCUUCUCAGCAAACCUGUGCUAGACAGACAGUCUUGAGGGUCAGUCGGCACCGUGUCUUGACUGGACUCAGUACGCACUGUCUCCUGCACUGUUAGCUCUCUGUCGAUGGAGCUAAAUAAACCAGGGCCCCUUUGAGCUCAAAAGAACGAACUUCUGUACAUGUUUGAAUUUAGUCGUCCAAAUCUGAAUGUUUCAAAACAAAAUUUCUGGGAUCUGAACUGCUCGAAACUCAAUCCUAGAGUCACCUUUGAAUGUCACACACAGCAAUAUAAUCUACAUUUACAUAGAAAAAUCAAAGGAAACGCUGUGCUCGGAGCUGACGGAGGAAAGUAUUGUAUUCCACUUCCUGCUACCUGGCACCUUCUGAAAGGAAGGUGGGCUUACCUCCUGUCACUUAGCAGGAGUCAGAACCCUUCUGGUAGUCACUGUAUAACCUUCACCUAGGAGUGGUUGGUGUCUAGGAAGCCAUGCAUCCUCUGAAGAAAGAAUGGCACUAGAAAAAGUAUUACUUCGAAAUCGAUUUCUUUCCAUUGUGACAACCGAAUUUCGCAUCAUCCUUUGAAUUGCCCCAAGUGCACCGUGUUUCCUCUGGGGGAGGGGUCUGCUGCUCUCAUUCUUCUGGCUGCUGUAUUGUUGGGUUUCUUCUUUUCCUUCUGCUGGGACUGUGUGGGGAGCGGGUGGGGUGGGGGGGUGGGAGGGCUGUGGAGAACCCUUCCCUUGUGCAGGGCAUCCAUCCGUGUUGUGAACCCAGAGCUGGGGGCCAAAGCUGCUUUUGUAUUCAGUGUGAGGUGGUGUUUACAGCCGACUUUGACAUCAGUGGGUGUGUUCUCAGUGGUGUGUCUGUACCUGAACUAUUUAAUGUUGUGUCAUGUUUAUAUAAAGAAUAUUUAUGCAUACUUUA